CCCGCUUAAAGGGCGGUGGCGGCGGGGUGGGGGCGGCAGUGCCGUCGGGGCGGGUUAGGUCGGGGUUUUGGGACCUGCUCUCCACUCAGGCGCAAAGAUGGGGUGCUUCACCUUUAUCAAGGUCAUGAUGAUCCUCUUCAACCUGGCCAUAUUUCUCAGUGGCGGGACCCUCCUGGGAGUUGGCAUCUGGGUUGCAGUGGAUGACCAGUCAUUUGUGGACAUAUUUGGAGGGCUCUCCUCUACCGUCGUUCAGGUUGUGUAUGUGGGCUACUUCCUCAUUGUCAUUGGUGCCAUCCUGCUGGUGAUCGGCUUCCUUGGGUGCUAUGGUGCCCAGAAGGACAGCAAGUGUCUCCUGAUGAUGUUCUUCUCGGUGGUGCUGAUCAUCUUCAUAGCUGAAAUUGCUGCUGCCGUGGUGGCUCUGGUCUACACAGGUCUUGCAGAGACGCUGCUGUCAGCCGUGGUGACGCCUCUCCUGAAGGAGAAGUAUGGGACAGAUAACAGCUUCACGCACGUCUGGAAUGCCACCAUGAAGGAGAUCAAAUGCUGUGGCCUGAAUAACUACACAGACUUCACCAACUCAACCUGGUAUGAGCAUCACAAAGUCUACCCGGAUGCCUGCUGUGAUUUCAAGCAGCCCUGCGAUGACAUGCUUGCCGCAAAAACCAAUGUCACGGGUUGUUUCCAUCAGAUCUUGACAGAAAUCAAGACUAACGCAGGUGUGGUGGGUGGCGUGGCAGCCGGCAUCGCUGCCUUGGAGGUCGCGGCCAUGGUGGUUUCCAUGUACCUGUAUUGCCAUCUGGAUCAGAAAUGACCCCGCGAGGCAAGAGGAUGAUCUUCCCCCCCUCACCGUGCCGGGGUGCGCCCCUGGCGUGCCGUGUUCUUCGGGGGUGGUGGGGGGACACGACACCAUCGUUCCCUGGGCCUGACGCUGUCCUGCGCACUGUGAUUUAUAGCUGUGUUUUGAUCUACUGAGCUGGGAUCCGUAGAGUUUGUGUGUAUAUUUUUGUACCAAUAUGACAUACUCAGUCUGUA